GUUUGUUGUCCUCAUCCUAUUCUUGCUGUCAAAAUAAGCCAAUACUAUCUUUCUUCUUCUUCUUCAAUCUAAACCCCAAAAACAAAAUAAACCAAAAAUUAUCAUAACAGAGCAGACCACAACAUGGGCAUGGAUUCAUAGUUCCCAAAACCCUGUAAACCCCAACAACAAUUUCUCUCUUUAAUGGCAGAUAAGGUAGUUCUCCCUCUGCUCUUCCCCAACCCUCCUCCCUCGAAACCCUUCUUCCGUAACCACCUCCACACUCCCGUCCCCACAACCACAACCCCUCUUCUUCAAGACUUUCUUCUCUCUCAAACCUCCACACCCAAUUCCCCUUUGCCCCAGAAACUCCAUAUCCAAUCUCCUAUCCUCCGUAACCGCACCCGUAUCGGAAGGUCCCGUGACCCCAACCGCGGUACACAAUGGUCUCACCGCGGUAUAUCCCCACGAGGUCAGAAAAUUCUUGACUCUUUAAUUGACUCAGAAUUUGAUACUUCUACUCUAAACGAGUUUCUUAUUAAUCUAGUCGACUCCCAUAGACACCCGUUGGGUUCUGGUUCGGAGUCUCUGUCUCUUGAUGUACUGUGUCUAGUCAAGGGUUUAGGGUUUUACAAGAGGUGUGAUUUGGCAUUGAGUGUGUUUGAGUGGUUUAGGAAUCGUGAAGAUUGGGAGACUGUUUUGAGGGGUUCUAUUGUUGCUGUGAUUAUUAGUAUGCUUGGUAAGGAAGGAAGGGUGUCCACUGCUGCUACUUUGCUUAAUAAUCUCCAUAAAGAUGGGUUUGGGAUUGAUGUUUAUGCUUUUACUUCUUUGAUUACUGCUUAUGCUAGUAAGGGAAGGUUUAGAGAGGCUGUUAUGGUCUUUAACAAAAUGGAAGUAGAAGGGUGUCAGCCAACUUUGAUAACUUAUAAUGUGAUAUUGAAUGUGUAUGGGAAAAUGGGGAUGCCUUGGAAUAAGAUAAUUGCUCUUGUAGAGAGUAUGAAGAAUGCUGGGGUUGCUCCUGAUUCUUAUACUUACAAUACCCUUAUAAGUUGUUGUCGACGGGGGGCUUUGUUUGAAGAAGCUGUUAAGGUCUUUGAGGAGAUGAAAUUAGCUGGUUUUACACCUGAUAAAGUUACGUAUAAUGCUUUAUUAGAUGUAUAUGGCAAGUCUAGACGACCGAAAGAAGCUAUGGAGGUACUAAGAGAGAUGGAGAUUAAGGGGUUUUCACCUAGCAUUGUCACUUACAAUUCUUUGAUAUCAGCUUACUCUAGAGAUGGUUUGCUGGAGGAAGCAUUGGCUCUCAAAACCGAGAUGGUAGAGAGAGGGAUUAAGCCUGAUGUUUUUACAUUUACUACCCUUUUGUCCGGUUUUGAGAAGGCGGGGAAAGAUGAGGCAGCUAUGAAGAUUUUUGAAGAGAUGAAAAUUGCAGGCUGCAAACCGAAUAUCUGCACUUUUAAUGCUUUGAUUAAGAUGCAUGGCAACCGGGGUAACUUUGCAGACAUGAUGAAAAUAUUUGAAGAGAUCAAAGCCUCUAAAUGUACACCGGAUAUUGUUACUUGGAAUACGCUUCUGGCAGUGUUUGGCCAAAAUGUGAUGGAUUCAGAGCUGUCUGGAGUGUUUAGGGAGAUGAAGAGGGCAGGGUUUGUACCUGAGAGGGACACUUUCAACACCCUAAUUAGUGCAUACAGCCGGUGUGGAUCUUUUGAUCAAGCCAUGGCAGUUUAUGAAAGGAUGCUAGAAGCUGGUGUUACUCCUGAUCUUUCAACAUACAAUGCUGUUUUGGCUGCAUUGGCUCGGGGAGGGCUUUGGAAACAAUCUGAAAAGAUACUUGCUGAAAUGAACGAUGGCCGAUGUAAACCUAAUGAGCUUUCCUAUUCUUCUUUGCUUCAUGCUUAUGCAAAUGGCAAAGAGAUUGAGCAGAUGCUUGUUCUUGCUGAAAAAAUAUACUCUGGUAUCAUAGAACCCCAUGCUGUACUCUUGAAGACUCUUGUUCUUGUUUGUAGUAAAAGUGACCUUUUGAAUGAAACAGAACGUGCUUUUUCUGAGCUGAGAAAAAAAGGGUCUUCACUUGACAUAACUGCUCUAAAUGCCAUGCUCUCAAUAUAUGGUAGGAGGCAGAUGGUGACCAAAGUUGAUGAGAUUAUAAACUUCAUGAAUGAGAGCGGGUUCACUCCUAGCUUGACAACUUAUAAUAGUUUGAUGUAUAUGUAUGCUCGUUCUGAAGAUUUUGAGAGAUCAGAACAACUUUUAAGGGAGAUCAUGGAGAAGGGUAUGAAGCCUGAUCCUAUUUCAUAUAAUACUGUCAUUUAUGCUUAUUGUAGAAAUGGUCGGAUGAAAGAGGCGUCACGAAUAUUCUCAGAAAUGAGAGCUUCUGGGAUAGUUCCAGAUGUGAUUACUUACAAUACCUUUGUUGCAAGUUAUGCCUCUGACUCUAUGUUUGUUGAGGCUGUUGAGGUCAUUCGGUACAUGAUCAAGAAUGGCUGUCAACCAAACCAGAAUACAUACAAUUCCGUUGUAGAUUGGUACUGUAAACUUGAUCGACAUGAUGAGGCGAAGAUGUUUGUCAGUAACCUUCAAAACCUUGAUCCACAUAUUCCGAUGGAUGUGGAACGCAAACUAUUAGAACGCAUAAAAAGGAAAUGGCUGUAGGAAAUUCUUAGCAGUGAACACUGGUUUGCAUCUGGGCCAAGUCCCUUUCAGUGACCACCUUAUACCAUAUCAUUUUGGCAAAGGAGAUGAGAAGAGGUCCUGUUUGAUUGGUCUUUUGCUUCAGCUUAAAGCUUCUUAGGAAGACAGAGAAAAGCUACUAAAGGUGAAAUUUAUUAGUUACCCAAGAGGAAGCCUAAAAGUAGAUUUUAAAAGCCUAGCCAACUAGAACAUAAAGGUUAACUUAUAGACUAGAAGUGAUACUUUUUGUGAGAUUAUCAACCCAAACAAUAUGCUUCUAGAGCUUGUUCUGAAUACUACUUUUAACUCUAUCGUAUCACCCAUUAUAGUCUGAAUUAAGUCUCCAUUUGUGAUCUCACCGAAAGCAAUGGAUUAGCCACACUGUAUUUCUGUCACUCUACGAGUCGUGAGCACUUGUAAAGCUCUGUUUGUGACAUUUUGAGCAAUGCUGUUUAUCAGAAUUUAAUUUUUAACACAAGUUACGAUUUAUUAUUGCUAA